AUGCUGAUUAAGGAGCGCCAACGUGAUAAGGAUUCUCCGUACAACUUCAGUGUACCACCACAGAUGGGGAUCGACCUGGAUACAUAUGAAAAGACUGGUGAAACGAAGGUCGUACCGCUUGCAUCUGCUGCAGAGGUGAAACGUGAGCCAUCACCGAAACCUGUUGAAACGCCGACUGUGCCUCCAUUGAAUCUACAGGCGAUGAUGCAGCAGAUGCAACACGCGAAUCCGUUCCAGUUCAUGGACCCGUCUGGAAUGAUUUCUGGACCAAUAACCCAACUGUCGCAAUCAAGUACCUCAGGUCGUCGAGCGAAUCGAACCCGUUUUACGGACUAUCAGCUACGGACUUUGCAACAGUUUUUCGACAAGCAGGCUUACCCGAAGGAUGACGAUUUGGAGGUGUUGAGUAAGAAACUGCAGCUGAGCCCGCGAGUCAUAGUGGUUUGGUUUCAGAACGCUCGACAAAAAGUGAGUGUUUCUGCCUAG